AAGGAAAAAAGACAAUCCACAAAGGAGGAAGAAUCGGCCCAAAUCCAAUAGCUAAACCCGAAGGAGAAGUGAAAACUUCGGCCGCCAACCAUUUCUUCGUCUUCUUCGCUUUCCUCAAUACUCGAAUCCAUUCCACUGAUAAUUCCUUCACUCGAUAAUCCCACAAUUUUUCUCACGAAAUGUCGUCCGAAGAGCCACUGCAGAGCACUCCUUCCGAGGAGAAUCCCGAGAAGAAGCUCUCCAAGAAAGAGCUAGCCAAGCUGGAGCGACAGCGCAAACGCCAAGAAGCCGCCGCGGCCGCCUCUGCUGCAGCCGGUGUUUCCGCUGUCACCCUCGAAGCCGAGGACCCAUUGGCGGCGAAUUACGGCGAAAUCCCGUUAAACGACCUGCAAUCCAAGGAAAUAUCCGGUAAGAAGUGGACGGAGGUAAAGGAUUUGACUAAUGAGUUGAAGGAUCAGGUGGUGUUGAUACGUGGGCGCGCCCAGGCGAUCCGCGCUGUCGGGAAGAAGAUGGCGUUCCUGGUGGUGAGGGAACGGGGUUUUACGGUGCAGUGUGUCUUGACUGUGGCGCAGGAUGUUGUCAGCCCGCAGAUGGUGAAGUUUGCCACUAGUUUGAGCCGGGAGAGUAUAGUUGAUAUCGAAGGGGUUAUAUCGGUUCCGACCCAACCAAUCACUGGCGCUAGUCAGCAGGUGGAAAUUCAAGUGAGGAAGCUUUAUUGUGUGAACAAGGCUAUUCCAGCACUGCCUAUUAAUAUUGAGGAUGCAGCAAGAAGUGAGCUCGAAAUAGAAAAGGCUUUACAGGCUGGUGAGCAGCUUGUGCGGGUGAAUCAGGAUACUCGUUUGAAUUUUAGAGUUCUUGACAUGCGUACUCCUGCCAAUCAAGCAAUUUUUCGAAUUCAGUGUCAAGUUGAGAAUAUAUUUAGGCAGUUUUUGUUGUCUGAAGGUUUUGUUGGGAUCCACACACCAAAAUUGAUUGCUGGUUCUAGUGAAGGCGGGUCAGCUGUUUUUAGAUUUGAUUACAAAGGAACACCUGCAUGUCUGGCACAGUCACCACAGCUUCACAAGCAAAUGUCGAUUUGUGGUGAUUUUGGUCGUGUAUUUGAAGUUGGUCCUGUCUUCAGAGCAGAGGACUCUUUUACACACAGACAUUUGUGUGAGUUUACAGGUCUUGAUGUUGAAAUGGAGAUUAAGGAGCACUAUUCAGAGGUGAUGGACAUUGUUGAUCGCUUAUUUGUGACAAUGUUUGACAGUUUGAAUGAGAAAUGUUCCAAAGAGCUUGAAGCCAUCAAUAGGCAAUACCCUUUUGAGAAGCUGAAGUACCUUCGGAAGACCUUGAGGCUUACCUUUGAAGAGGGGGUUCAAAUGCUGAAGGAAGCUGGUGUCGAAAUUGAUCCCCUUGGAGAUCUCAACACUGAAUCAGAGAGAAAGCUUGGCCAGCUUGUACUGGAGAAGUAUGGCACUGAGUUCUACAUACUUCACCGCUACCCUCUGGCUGUUAGACCAUUUUACACCAUGCCUUGUCAUGAUAAUCCGAAGUAUAGCAAUUCAUUUGAUGUUUUCAUUCGGGGUGAGGAGAUUAUAUCAGGAGCUCAGCGUGUCCAUGUCCCCGAGUUUUUGACUGAGCGUGCACAAUCAUUGGGAAUUGACGUCAAGACAAUAUCAACAUAUAUUGAUUCCUUCAGGUACGGCGCACCACCUCAUGGUGGGUUUGGAGUGGGAUUGGAGCGCGUAGUGAUGCUUUUCUGUGCCCUCAACAACAUCCGCAAGACAUCACUUUUCCCUCGUGAUCCACAGAGAAUAACUCCAUGAUUAUCGCUUUGGGUUUCCCCUUGCUUUUCUAAAGACCUACUGUUGAAUACUGUCCCAAUUGUUUUGGUAUUGAAAAGACUAGAAUAGAAUUAUGCACACUUGAUGAUUGUUAAUGAAACGAUAUUUUGGCAGCUCAAGGUGUUCAUGGCCCUCUCCUGUUCAUGGUCUCCUGAAUUUGCUGUGUACUCGAGUCGAACGCGGAUUGUUCAGUCUCAAUCAGUAGUUAUUAGGUUCAAGAAUCUGCUGCAUUUGAGUGACCUCGACUCUGAUCAUGACCACGAGUUAGGGCACGAAUUCAGGACUAUAGAUUGCAUACAUGUUUGGUAUCUCAGCAGAAUGAGUUAGAUUCACUAAAUUGGGAGCGGUCCGUUCGUUCUUCAACAAAAGUGGCUGGCUACUGUUGUGUAUGCCUUUUCUGUCAAGUGUAGAUGAUGCAGAUCAGGAAUAUAGAGCAAGUGAUUGUGAUGCACUCGAGAGCUUAGGGUUGCAAACUAAAUUAAUUGAAAUGGAUUGUUAACUUUUCGUUUGAA